AUGGACCCCGCCGCGGCGGAGGCCGCUGCUGCUGCUGCUCAAGCGGCCAUGCAAUCAUUCACAAUAGAGGCGUGGACCCUCUUGACAGUCGGCAUUCUUUUUACCAUGUUGAGGACCUACGCUAGGGUUAGGUCUGUAGGCUUCAAGGGCCUCCAAGCGGAUGACUAUCUUGUUUGGGUCGGCGCUAUAUUCUAUGCCAUUGAGACUGCGCUGGCGCAUUCCGUCGGAGCUGUCGCAAAGGGUAUGGCGAACAACGCCAUGACGGACGAGCAACGAGCAGCUCUAUCCCCAGACAGUGAGGAGUAUCGACUCAGGGUGGUUGGUUCAAUCAUUCAGCUGUGUGGUUGGUCCAGUUACUCGGUGUUGUUGUGGUCGCUCAAGGCUUCACUGCUAGUGUUCUAUCUCAGACUGACUGCGGGCUUGGGUCGCGGCUAUCGGCUUCGCAUCUACUUUGGGUUUGGAUUCUUAGUCGUCAGUUGGAUCGUCGUCAUCAUGAAUCUCUUCCUCGCUUGUCGCCCCUUUCACAAGAACUGGCAAAUCAAUCCUGACCCGGGAAACGUUUGUCAACCAGCGAUCUCCAAUCAAGUCGUUUGGGUUUACUUGGCGUUUAACGUGUCCACGGAUCUUUAUCUUCUAUCUAUCCCCUUGCCGAUGCUGUGGCAAGCAAGGCUCAAACCCAUCAAGAAAUGGGGUCUGCUGUUCCUCUUCAGUGGUGGACUGUUUGUUGUUGUCUGCGCAACCCUGCGCUGUAUCUUGAUUGUCACAGACCCUCAGAACGGUGCACAGCUUGCCGGAUCAUGGGCUGUUCGUGAGACGUUUGUCGCCGUCAUCACCGCCAACCUGCCUAUGGUGUUCUCAAUCAUCAAGAUUUGGCUUGGACCCGUCUUUGGUUCUCUUCUCACUUCGCUCCGAUCGACCCAGAAGCUCACCGACGCGACCCCGAAAGAAAUACGCACUUUCGGGGCCGGCAGCAACCAAAGCUGGCGGGGUCGCGGACCCCCUUCAGCGUACCCGAUUACAAACAUCACCUUCAACGAGAGUGAAGAGCGCAUGGUGAACGAGUACAAGAUGCAAGACGUCAAGACCUGGGGUGAUCCUCAUGCUGAUAAUACCAGUGGGACUAUGAGAUCAAACAGCGUGCGGAGGAGUCACAGCAACCGGCGGAAGAAUACUGAUAUCCGAAAGGAUGUAGAAGUUGCCAUUACCACAGAGUAUAUGCCGUCAGCAAAAGACGCGGAGGGCAAUGUCAAGGUUCUGUCGCCAAAAACCUUUACCUUUGCCAGAGGCCCGAAGAGACAAUCUGUGAAUAAUUCUGACAAUCAGAUAUGA